AACAGGCUCGGACGCUCCUCCGGGCUCGGUAAAGUCGCUGGCGAAGGGAUCACACCUCUUUCGGUGUCGUAUAUAAGUGCAAAAGCAGCAUUAGAAGCUGCAUCGCAAAGGAAACUAUCGUUGCAAGCAUAAUGCGUACGUUCGCGGUAGUGUUGGCCACCGUGCUGGCCGUGGCCGUGUCGGCCGAGGUGUAUUUUGAGGAAGGUUUCAAAGACGAUUCCUGGCAAAAGACGUGGGUCCAGAGUGAACACAAGGGCGUCGAGUAUGGCAAGUUUGUGCAGACGGCCGGAAAGUUCUUCAACGAUGCUGCAGCCGACAAAGGUCUGCAAACCUCGCAGGAUGCUCGAUUCUACGCACUGUCCAACAAGUUCACACCAUUCUCGAACAAGGACGACACGCUCGUCAUCCAGUUCUCGGUGAAGCACGAGCAGAACAUUGACUGCGGUGGCGGAUACCUGAAGGUGUUCGACUGUUCCGUCGAUCAGAAGGACCUGCACGGUGACACGCCGUACCUGGUCAUGUUCGGACCGGACAUUUGCGGACCGGGCACGAAGAAGGUGCACGUGAUCUUCAGCUACAAGGGCAAAAACCACCUGGUCAACAAGGACAUCCGGUGCAAGGAUGACGUGUUCACGCAUUUCUACACGCUGGUCGUGCGAUCGGACAACACGUACGAGGUGUUGAUCGACAACGAGAAGGUUGAAUCGGGUAGCCUGGAGGAGGACUGGGACUUCCUGCCACCGAAGAAGAUCAAGGAUCCGGAAGCCAAGAAGCCGGAAGACUGGGACGAUCGGGCCACCAUCCCCGACCCGGACGACACCAAGCCGGAGGACUACGACAAACCGGAACACAUCCCGGAUCCGGAUGCGACCAAGCCGGACGAUUGGGACGACGAGAUGGAUGGCGAAUGGGAGCCACCUAUGAUCGAUAACCCCGAGUAUAAGGGCGAGUGGAAGCCCAAGCAGAUCGACAACCCGGCGUACAAGGGUGUCUGGGUGCACCCGGAGAUCGACAAUCCGGAGUACGUCGAGGACAAGAACCUGUACCUGCGCGAGGAGGUGUGCGGCGUCGGUAUCGACGUGUGGCAGGUCAAAUCGGGCACGAUCUUCGACAACUUCCUGUUCACGAACGAUCUUGAGGUUGCGAAGAAGGCAGCCGCCACCGUGAAGGCCACGCAGGAGGGCGAGAAGAAGGUGAAGGACGCCCAGGAAGCGGAAGAGCGCAAGAAGGCUGAGGAGGAGGCGGCCGCCGAGGAAGCGGCAAAGGAUGACGAGGAUGAGGACGAUGAGGAUGACGCGGACAACGCUCUGCCCGGCGAAGCGACGGAAGUCGACGACGAGGGACACGAUGAGCUGUAAGCAGGCGGCAUCUACACAACAAACAAAAAGCUCUAAUAUACGUCGAGGCGGGCCCUUUACGUAUUCCUAUGGAAUGCGGCACACACAUGGGCCGAAGGAAGAAAACCAAUUCGACUGCCACGAAACACAGAACCCCUUACCAACGGACGGACGCAGGAUAAACGACAUACCACAGACAUACACACACACACACAUGAGUCAUUUGGACAUGUUGCAGGAAGAGAGCGAGCGAGAGCGUGAGAGAGAUCAGAGAGAAGCUGGGACUGAUGGGUGGGACGCACAUGACGGACUAGGGCGCCAAAUGGGAGAUUUUUUGUUGUUGCGCUAAAGAUAUCCUUUCGCGCAGGAGCUUAGACCCGAGGAAAGCUGCGGAAGUGCUAUUUUCCUCGCACACACACACCUCUCUCUAAACUACCGGAACGCAUUUAGCCGCGGUACGCAGUGUGUUCCCAAUCAAUCGAAAAGCAAAGAGACGUGUUGUUUCAGUUGGCGUGCGUUCGUCGAUUGCUUUGGCUCAGAGCUCAUGCACCACCAUCGAGACAGUUGUUUUUUCCCUGUUAUGAUUUAGAUUUUUCUAUGUUCCCUUGUACAUUUGUGGUGUCUCCUUUGCCAUGGUUCUGGUGCGAAUUGUUGAUACGCGCUCACGGAGGGGUGGCACGCGUCUGUUUGACUUUGUUCAAGUAGUCAUCGCAAAAGAAAAAAAGGACGUGCCCUACAACCGCGACCCGGAAGGAAGGGGGACGAACGCACACAACACAAACACACACACACACACAUGAUAUGGUGAGGUCGGAUCAUCAUGGAAUCUCACAUGCAGCCUCUCUCAAAGCCCUCCGUUGCAUGUGUCGUUUAGUUGAUGAUAGGUAUGGAGACAGCAUGAACAAGAAAAAAACAA